AUGGGACAACACGGUGGCGAGAGCGCCGAAAAUGAAGGCGCGGCGCCUCACGAGGGCAUGUCGGCCGGCAAGUAUCUUGCGACGAGAUUCUCAACCCUCAAACCACCCAUGUUGCCCGUUCCCAACCCGUGGAAGUUGGUUCGCAUGCUCGACGCGCAACAAUGGGCAUUCUUUGCCCUGGCCUUUUCUGCUUGGACGUGGGAUGCCUUUGACUUCUUUACGGUUUCCCUGACCGUCUCUGACCUGUCGAAAGAAUUUGGCAAAACCGCCACAGACAUCACAUGGGGCAUCACGCUGGUUCUCAUGUUCCGAUCUGUGGGAUCCAUCCUGUUUGGUAUUGCCAGCGAUCGAUACGGCCGUCGGUGGCCAUUCAUUGUGAACAACUUACUCUUUAUUGUUCUUGAGCUGGGCACUGGUUUCUGCCAGACAUACUCCCAGUUCCUCGCAUGCCGCGCCCUGUUUGGCAUUGCCAUGGGCGGCCUUUACGGAAACGCUGCCGCGACGGCCCUCGAAGACCUCCCUGAAGAGGCGCGCGGUCUCAUGAGCGGUAUCCUGCAGCAAGGCUAUGCCUUUGGCUACCUCCUCUGCGCCGCCUUUGCCCGCGGCCUCGUCGACACCACGUCUCAUACCUGGCGCCCUCUGUACUGGUUCGCCGCCUGCCCCCCCGUCAUCUUCAUUGCCAUCCGCUUCAUGCUGCCCGAGACCAAGGUGUUCCAGGAGCGCGAACGCAUGCGCAACGAGGCCGGGCACGUCGGCAAGUCGGCCGGCGCCGUCUUCAUCAGCGAGGGCAAGGUGGCCCUGCGGCGGCACUGGCUGCUGCUCACCUACCUCGUGCUGCUCAUGGCCGGCUUCAACUUCAUGAGCCACGGCUCGCAGGAUCUGUACCCGACCAUGCUCGAGAACCAGCUCGGCUUCAGCAAGACGGCCGUGACGGUGACGCAGGUCGUCGCCAACUUGGGCGCCAUGACGGGCGGCACCGUCGUCGGCUUCUGCAGCCAGUCGGUCGGCCGCCGCUUCAGCAUCGUGCUCUGCUGCAUCGUUGGCGGCGCCCUGCUGUACCCCUACGGCUUCGUCGGCGACAAGUCCAUCAUGGCCGCCGCCUUCUUCCAGCAGUUCUGCGUCCAGGGCGCCUGGGGCGUCAUCCCCAUCCACCUCAUGGAGCUGUCGCCCGGCGCCUUUCGCACCUUUGUCGUCGGCACCGCCUACCAGCUCGGCAACCUCGUCUCGUCUGCCUCGUCCACCAUCGAGGCCCGUCUCGGGGAGCGCUUCCCGCUGCCGCCCUCGGAAAAGGGCGUCAAGCGCUACGAGUACGGCAAGGUCAUUUGCAUCUUCAUGGGCUGCGUCUACGCAUACACCCUGCUGCUCACCUUUCUCGGACCCGAGCAUCUGCGCCGCAAAUUCGACGUCAGCCACGACCGGGAUGCCAAGGAGGCCGUUGGAGUUGAGACUGUUGGCCGUGCCGGCGUUUUACAUGAGAAUAGUGGUGGCAAGGCCCGUGACAUUGAAGAUGAUGAGGAGAAGAGGGUUUCUGUUCAUCACAAUUAG